AUGGCACUGUUGGAGACCUUGAUGACGAACAUAUCACCCUUCCGGCUUGGAGCCCUGAUUCUGCUGGCACCGUUGGUUCUCUCGGUGCUCCGGACCCUGGUUCUCAGCCGGACGAAACUGCCCAAGGGUGCGAAGCCGCUGCCUGGGCCCAAAGGUCUGCCGAUCGUAGGCAAUGCAUUCGACAUCCCCAAGACGCACGCAUGGCUCAAGUUCAAGCAGUGGUCCGACGAGUUCGGACCCAUCUACCAGGUCAAGGCCUUUGGGACGACGCUGGUCGUCAUCUCCAGAGAGUCCAUCGCCAACGACCUCCUCGGCCUGCGCGGGGCAAUCUACUCUGACCGGCCGCCUCUUGUCAUGGCGGGAUUGAUCGCCGACAACGGAUUCCUCGGCGCUGCCCGCUGGGGAGACUAUUGGCGGAAAGGGCGCCGGUUUGCGCAGACGAUGCUCAGCACCAACAUGAUCCAGCAGUCGCUCCCCAAGCAGACAAUUGAGGCGCGACAGGCCGUGGUCGACCUGGCCCGGGAGCCGACCAAAUACGCAUACUGGCUGGAGCGCGCGGGCGUUAUGACCUCAAUCAAGCAGAUCUACGGCAUCGCCGAGAAGCGCGGGUCGGGCGAGGAGCACCACGUCCACGAGAUCUGCUCGUACAUGGAGGAGAUUGAGCGCGUGACCGUCCCCGGCGCGUACGCCGUCGAGUUCAUGCCGUGGCUCAUGCAUCUACCCGUCUGGCUGGCGCCGUUCAAGAAGGAAGCCAACACCCUCAUGAAACGGCACUGGGACUAUCUCUCCCCGCUCAUGCGACAGGAGACGCAGAAGACCGAGCCCCUCGCGCCGGGAGUCUCGGAAAGCUUCGCAGGACGAUACUUCAAGUCCAAGGAGGACUGGGAUCUGACAGACCGCGAAAUGGUCUGGGUCCUGUCCAGCAUCUACGGCGGCGCCUCCGGGACGUCGGCGACUGCGAUGCAAUCCAUCAUCCUCAACUUGUGUCUAUUUCCGGAGUGGCAGCAGCAGAUCCAGGAAGAGCUCGAGACGGCGAUUGGCGGGCAACGACUGCCCGAUUUCGACGACUUUGGCAGCCUUCCUGUCCUCCGUGCCGUUAUUAAGGAGACCAUGCGAUGGCGGCCGGUCCUCUCGGGCGGGUUCCCUCACUCCGUGAUCAAGGACGAUAUAUACCACGACUUCUUCAUCCCCAAGGGCGCGGUCAUCAUCCCGAACCAAUGGGCCAUAAUGCGCGCCGAGGAUCUGUACCCAGAUCCAGAGAGUUUCCGACCCGAGAGAUGGUUGGAGCCCAAGUAUCCCACCUACCAGGAGCCGCUGAGCACGUAUCCGAACCUCAAACGUUUCGCCGCGUUUGGCCACGGCCGGCGCAUUUGUCCCGGCCUAGAGGUGACCGAGAAGGCCCUCUUUCUAGAAGCCUCCAGCCUGCUUUGGGCGUGCAACGUGAAGAAGGAGGAGGGGGCAAGCCUACCGUGGUACGACUAUACCGGCGCCUCGAUCUCGACGCCGCGUAAGUUUCGCUUCGUCGUCGAAGAGAGGGCGCCGGGAAGGUUGAAGAUGAUGGAAGAGGCUGCACGAACAGAUCAUGCAGAUGAAUUGUCGUGA